CUUGCGUUCAACAAGUCCAGCAAACGGAGCAAACGAGCUGAGCCCCAGUGACAAAAACUAACAAGUUUAUCCCUCAACUACUCUGCGGAAGCAUCCAAAUAUUAAAACCCUCAUCAGCAUGUCCUUCGCACAGUUCUUUGUCGCCUGCUGCCUGGCCAUCGUCCUGCUGACCGUGGCCACCACUAGGGCUGCAACUCAGGGUCCUCCACUUUGCCAGGCCGGCAUCGUCGAGGAGAUGCCUCCGCACAUCCGGAAGGUUUGCCAGGCCCUGGAGAACUCCGAUCAACUGUCAACGGCCUUGAAAUCCUACGUCAACAACGAGGCAUCCGCUCUAGUGGCCAACUCUGACGACCUCCUGAAGAACUACAACAAACGUACAGAUGUCGAUCACGUCUUCCUGCGCUUUGGCAAACGUCGUUAAGGACAUGACUCGAAGGAUUCAAUUGCACCCCAUACUUGACUUGCGACAACGACACUGGACCUUGACCACAGUCGGCGAAAUCGUUUCUGUUCACCCAAAGCACAACACUAUUUUGACGUCUUCAACAUUAUUAUGCAAAUGUAAUCGAUGAAAACUCAGAACUUUAAUCAAUUGGAAGCCCUCUAGUUCAUUAAAUAGCAAAUCGAUGUGUCCAAUGUUUAUAUAAAAAUAACUGGAAUAACUAUUUGUACAUAUUCAAUGACCCCCGAAACGUUAUAAAAUUUGAUCUCUUGGUUACAAAAAAAAAAUAACGUUUGAAUAUAUCACACAUACUUCCCUUGCAUGAAGCACUAUUAUUAAAUAACCAGCAAAUGUUUUCAAAUUC